AUGUCUCUUUCGAAAGCUCAAUGCUUGGCCAAUACGAAAUUCAGCGAUGAACAGCCAUUUGAAGACAGCGGAAGCGAAUAUUUACCAAGUAAAGAUGAAGAGUCUGAAGAAGAUGAUAUGUUAAUUGAUGAAUAUCAAGAUGUAAUGUUAGUAGAAAGUGUAAGUGAAGACAGUAAUCAUGAACUAGAAACCGACCUAGCGACGACAGAAAAAGAUUACGCCGACAUAAAAAUAAUUUGGGGAGACAGUGAUUUCGUUCCAACAAUUUUCGAAUUUGAUCCUACAAAUAGCGGCAUCAGGAAUGAUUCUUUGUCUGAAAAGUCCAUAGAAUUUGAUUAUUUUGCAAGCCUAUUUACCGAAGAUAUCGUAGAAUAUAUUGUAACCGAAACUAACCGAUAUGCUAAUCAAAAUCAGGCAAAGGAUUGGAAAGAACUUUCAACACAAGAAUUUUAUGUUUUUAUCGGUCUAACAAUGCUAAUGUCUCGAAACAAAAAAACUAAUUUAAAAGAAUAUUGGUCUACAGAUUCUUUGCUCGAGUCUCCAAUCUUUUCUAGAACCAUGCCUAGGGACAAAUAUAUGAGUAUUCUUUCAAAUCUUCAUUUUGUGAAUAAUGAAAAACAACCUACGACUAAACUAUAUAAGGUAGAAAAAGUCCUCAAACUCAUAAAGGAGAACUUCCAAAAACAGUUCUACCCGUUUGAAAAUUUAGUUGUUGAUGAAAGCAUGGUGUUAUUUAAAGGACGUUUAAGCUUUAAACAAUACAUAAAGACGAAAAGGCAUCGCUUUGGAAUGAAACUGUACGUUCUUUGUGAGUGUGAAACUGGAAUGGUUCUUGAUUUCGUUGUGUAUGUUGGAAAUGAUACAAAACAAUUUGUUGAAGAAAUAAAGGGUCUAGGAUCUUCAGGAUAUGUCGUAGUGUCUCUUAUGAAACCAUACCUUGAGAAGGGACACAAGCUUUUCACAGACAACUACUAUUCCAGCCCAAUUUUGGCAAAUUAUCUUUUCGAAAAAAAAACGAACACCUGUGGAACUGUGCGUGAAAAUAGAAAAUAUAUGCCUACACUGAAAAAAAACUGA